AUGACAAGGAAAUUAGACAAAAAUCAACUAGCCGAAAAAAUUGAUAAGAUUUUAGUUAGCCACCAAAGACCCUAUGAGAAGAAAGUUGCUUUAUUCAAUUUGAUAAAAAACUUGGAGGUAGGAGACAUGGAACCUAAAAAUAAAGAAAGAAUAAACUAUCUUUUGGAGGGUCAGAUACAUGGUGAAAUAGCUAGACAGUGCAUGGAAGAAUACAAAAAAAUAACUGCAGAAAGUUUUAGUUAUAUUCCUAAUUUAGUAGGAAAGUUAGAAGUUUCAACAGAUAACUUUUAUCAAUCGUUUAAUCAGAAUAUUGGUGAUGGGGAAGAAAAAGUAAUAAGUCAGCAUGAGGAUAAACUUGCUGGAACCAUUGAAAACCUUGCUCGGAGACCAGUAGAGUUCAAAACUAAGCAGUUAAUUGCAAUGGAUGAGUGUGGUUUCAAUUUGGGUGAAGCCCCUCGUUAUGCUUGGUCGCGGAAAGGGUUAAGAGCAAUAAUUCCCCGACUGGGACAAAGAGGAUUUAACUAUACUCUUAUUCUUUUUGUUAGAAAUGUAAACAAGCAAGCAGUAAUCAGUUAUAAGUUAAUCGAGAAUGAAAGGCAAGGAAAAAAGAAAGGAACAAAUGCCCUAGACUUUUAUAACUAUCUUAAAAAUAUUGAAUUACCUACUAACGAGACAUAUUAUCUUUUGUUAGAUAAUUCUCGCAUUCACCGCACAACAAAGGAAUUAAUGAAUUUAGGUUUAAGUAUUGAGGAAUUGGCAAGGCAAAAGAAUAUUGUUCUAGUUUAUUUACCUCCUUAUUCUCCUGAACUUAAUCCUGCUGAGAAAUGUUUCAACAACAUUAGGCAUAAUAUUGAAAAAAAUAAACCCCGAACUCAUGAGGAACUAAAACUAAUUAUUGAUAGAGAAAUGGCAAAACUUCAACAACAAGACUUAACCAAAUAUUUCCGAA